UUGUGUCCGGGUCAGGACUGUCACCGGGUCUGUAGUCCUCAUUCCUCACAGAUUACCGGAGACUCUCUCUCUCUCUCACACACACACACACACACACACCCCGAGACACCCCGGAACCAGGAGAGCCGCGCGCGAUGUUGUUGUCCGCCGUGCCGAAGCGUUUGCUCACGCGCAGACCGCGCAGCCUGUCACUUUGUCGCGCGCUCCACCCCGAGUCCGCGCGCCGCCACAGUGUGCGCGAGCCUGACGCGGCGGUGAGGACCGCACCGGUGCUGUCUGCAUCUCGCGCGUUAGUGAGGGAGCGCGAGGUACUUUACGCGAGGUACGGGCUGGCCAGCAGGUGGCGCCCGAGUCCGGACAGUCGGAGGAGCCUGUGGGCGGGGCUGGGCACCUACCGGGGGGAGGAGGAGGAGGGGCAGGGGGCGUGGCGAGGGGCAGCUUCAGCAGGAGCACUGACCAGCGCCGCCCUGGUGUUCUGUUCCAGCAGAGACAACAACCACGCUGGUGACGCGUUCCUGGAUGCAGCCCGAUCCAACAACGCAGAGGAGGUGAAAAGGUUGCUGGCAGAUGGAGUCGACCCGAAUGCUCGGCACCGCCUCGGCUGGACCGCACUUAUGGUUGCCUCCAUCAACAGACACCACAACGUGGUGAAGGUUCUGCUGGAGUCCGGUGCUGAUCCGAACCUUGGAGACGACUUCAGCAACGUUUAUGGAACCGCGAAGGAUAAAGGCAUACACUCACUGGAGAUUCUGGUGACGAGGGAGGAUGAGUUCAGUUCGCGUCUCAGCACGCGGGCGAGUUUCCGCGGCUGCACACCGCUUCAUUACGCCGUACUCGUGGAUGAUCUCCGCACCGUGCGUAUGCUCCUUGAUGCAGGUGCGAACCCCCUGCAGGUGAAUGAGCUGGGACACACUCCGCUGUCCUACGCUAAGGAGGGAGAGAUGCACACACUGCUGAAGGAGUGGGAGGGAAAGUUUAUGGAGGAACAGCGGCAGAGGGAGGUGGAGGAGAGGAGGAGGUUUCCUCUGGAGCGCAGACUAAAGGAGCAGAUCAUCGGCCAGGAGGGGGCUAUCACUACUGUCGCCUCCGCAAUCAGGAGGAAGGAGAACGGAUGGUACGAUGAAGAACACCCGCUCGUCUUCCUCUUCCUCGGCUCCUCAGGAAUCGGUAAAACAGAGUUGGCUAAGCAAGUGGCUCGCUACAUACACAAAGACACAAAAAAGGGCUUCAUCAGAAUGGACAUGUCUGAGUUCCAGGAGAAACACGAGGUGGCUAAGUUUAUCGGUUCUCCUCCGGGGUACGUGGGUCAUGAGGAAGGAGGUCAGCUCACUAAACAGCUUAAGCAGUGUCCCAACGCCGUGGUGCUGUUUGAUGAGGUGGAUAAGGCACAUCCCGACGUCCUCACCAUCAUGCUGCAGCUCUUCGAUGAGGGGCGUCUGACGGAUGGAAAAGGAAAAACCAUCGAAUGCAAGGACGCCAUCUUCAUCAUGACCUCCAAUGUGGCAAGUGAUGAAAUCGCCCAGCAUGCACUGCAGCUCAGACAGGAAGCUCAGGAGCAGAGUCGCCACCGUCUGGCAGACAGUCUGGAUGAGGUUCAGCAGAGUGAGAAGAUUACCAUCUCUAAGAAGUUUAAAGAGGAAGUGAUUCGGCCCAUACUGAAGGCCCAGUUCAGACGCGAUGAGUUUCUGGGACGGAUUAAUGAAAUCGUUUAUUUUCUGCCUUUCUGCCACUCGGAGCUUCUUCAGCUCGUCAGCAAAGAGCUCAACUACUGGGCCAAAAAGGCCAAACAGAGACACGACAUCACCCUGCUGUGGGAUCGGGCCGUGCUGGAGCUGCUGAUUCGAGGGUACAACCUCCACUACGGCGCUCGCUCCAUCAAACAUGAGGUGGAGCGGCGGGUGGUGAACCAGUUAGCGGCAGCGUACGAGCAGGAGCUCCUCCCUAAAGGCUGCAUGCUCCGCCUCAUUGUGGAUGGAGAGCUGGGGGACGAGGAGGAGGAGGGACGGGCGAGUCCUUGUCUCCGCCUGGAGCUCGAGGAUAAAGACAGAAAAACACGUAAGCUGGAAAUCCGUCCACCGCUAAACCCCGAGCAGGUCGCGUUUGCAGACUGACUUCCUGCUAAUCACCUGCUAAAGACCUGCCCAUCAGUCUCGUGCGCGGUUCUGCUCUAAUGCUCUUAUUCCUGGCGAAGAACUCAUCACCAACAUGGUAAACAUGCUGCUCCUGAAAGUUCACGCUUCUGUGAAGGUCAGACCCGUGUUUCAGUCUGAAGGUUUUUGUACACGGUUACAGGAACUCUACACGGCUGAGAGAGUAGAGCUCCAGACUUGAUUAGAAGGUUCUGAGUUUAAAUCCCAAUACAGCUGAUCGGUCCUUCCCCUUCAUCGUCUGCACAUGGAUGUGGACACGCCCACAGGCCAAAGAAAUAAUCGUGUCAUUAUCGUUUAAGAAUAAAAUAUUGAUGACUGUGGAA